GUCACACACUUAAUUUACCUUUUCUCUUGAGCUUUUGUUCUUUAUACUACAUCUUCUGCAAUUAUAGCAAUGGCAAGUGAGCAAAAGGGAUGGUUGGUUAUGCAUGUAAUGGCAACGAUCUUGGCAUUGAAAAUGGUAUCUUUUGGGGUUAAUGGCGACCCUCAAGUUCCAUGUUACUUUAUAUUUGGUGAUUCAUUGGUCGAUAAUGGGAAUAAUAAUGGAAUUGCUUCGUUGGCUCGAGCCAAUUACUUGCCUUAUGGCAUUGAUUUCCCUGAUGGUCCAACCGGAAGGUUUUCCAAUGGCAAAACAGUUGUUGAUGCUGUUGCUGAGCUUCUGGGCUUCAAUGAUUAUAUUCCGCCAUACGCAAAUGCAAGGGGCCGUGAGAUCCUUAACGGUGUGAAUUAUGCUUCAGCAGCCGCAGGAAUCAGAGACGAAACUGGCCAACAAUUGGGUGCGCGAAUUAGCUUUGGCGGGCAGGUUAAUAACUAUAAAAAUACGGUAUCACAAGUGGUGGAUAUACUCGGAGACGAAGAUUCAGCUGCGAAUUAUCUUCGACAAUGCAUAUACUCGGUUGGAUUGGGAAGCAACGAUUACCUUAAUAACUAUUUCAUGCCGAAUUACUACCAAACUAGCAGUCAAUAUACACCCGAGCAGUAUGCCACUGUUCUCAUUCAACAAUAUUCCCAGCUAAUAAGAGAAUUGUAUAACUAUGGAGCAAGGAAAGUUGUGCUGAAUGGGGUAGGACAGAUUGGGUGUAGUCCAAAUGCACUGGCUCAAAACAGUGAAGAUGGAUCUACAUGUGUCGAGAAAAUCAACUCUGCAAACCAACUGUUCAACAAUCAGCUGCUGUCUCUUGUGGAUAACCUCAACAGAGAUCUGCCAGAUGCUAAAUUCAUCUACAUCAACAAUUACGACAUUUUCCAAGACUUGAUCAACAGCCCUCAGUCUUAUGGUUUCACGGUGACGAAUGCUGGAUGUUGUGGAGUGGGAAAGAACAACGGGCAAAUCACUUGUCUUCCUGGUCAAACACCAUGCCAAAAUAGAGAUGAACAUCUGUUUUGGGAUGCUUUUCACCCCGGUGAAGCUGCGAACGUGAUCGUUGGCAGGAGAUCUUACAGAGCGCAGUCGUCGUCCGACGCUCAUCCCAUGGAUAUCAGUCAAUUGGCUCAGCUUUAAACUUAUAUACUACAUUUUGCCACAUUUAAUCAUAUAUAUAUAUACUACUACAUUAUAACCUACCCUCUUAAUUGUGUUUUAUUGUGAUUGUUUUGAAUUCAAUGUACCUUUGAUAUUUUUUCAUGAAAUGAAGAGUGCAAGUUUAAGUCAA